AUGGAGAUGGACGACGACAUUGUCGAGAUGUGGACGGGCGAGGGAAAAGACAAGAUUGUCUUUGACAUCAUCAAGACGCUACCUGCCGAUGAAUGCUCGUCGACGUCCAAGCACCUGUCCAACACCCCAACGUGGACAGUGCAUCCGGACGCUGCCCAACUUCGCGUUGUCUACCUUGAGGAACAUCAAAAGUUGGUGGGCGAAAUGAAUGCAUUGGGUCAUGAAGUGGAUCGACAGCGACGCGACAUGGACAUCGAGGAACUGUACAUGGAUCAGGUACGGCGGCAACCUGUCAAAUACAACGAACACGAAGAGUCUGUCCGGGCCCUUCAACAGCGCCUGGACAACAAACGGAGAACGCAUAAGACAGCGCGGAUUCGUUUCCUCCAGCUCAAGCGAUCAGUGAUGUUGCAGCAACAAUCACAGUUUGCCAACCUUCCUUGUCUGAAUGGUACGCUGCAACUAAGACGUCUCUUGGGCCGCGGGGCCUCGUCGGAGGUGUGGCAGGCCUACUGCUUGUCUACCCAGACGCUUCUUGCAGUGAAGCUCGGCAGCAACAUCGAAUAUGCGGCGAAUGAGUAUGACAACCACAAGCUCGUGACGGCGAAUUCCAGUCGAUAUGCAGUUCCCGUGUACUCAUUUGCGUUCACCACGUUCGAGCACAAGACGUACGCGAUGAUGACGAUGGAAUGCUUGCAACUCAUGGCCCUUCAUAACAUGGCCCAUGGCGACCUAAAGCCUGGCAACGUGCUGGUGCGAGAUACCACCGCCAUGACGGUGCAACUGACGGAUUUCCACCUGGCGCGGUCCAAAUCGGACGCAAUUGUCGUCGGUGUGAACGCGUCUCCGUCGUACGCACCGCCUGAGUGGUACCUCAUGCAGUCGACGGAGGAAAGCUGCAUGGCCAGGACAUCUGUCUGUUUACCCGGCACCCGAUGGGGUCCUUCUCGUCCAAGGACGAGCUGA